GGAAUACCCCAAAGCUCUCAGCAUGAAUGCUCUGUGCCGAACCCGAAGCGAUGUGUGAGCAGGCUGCCCGUUACUGCAGAGACGGCGUCCACAAGCUACUCAGCAAAGAACAAUCCAAACUCCGGUCUCAGAACAGCGAGACAGAGACGGCAGCGCAGACAAGCAGCGGCGGAGCUCAGCUCGGUGGAAUAGACGGGCUAGUCCGCUGGAUAGUCACCAAGAUGAGCGACAACAAAAACCUCUCUUCCCGGGAAUUCCUCAAGGAGGAGUCGGCGGUUGCACGGGAGAAGUUCUUCAACCCGGAGCCACGGAAAGGCAUCUCUGUCAUAUUGGAUAUAUUCCGAAGAGCAGAUAAAAAUGAUGAUGGGAAGCUCUCCUUGGAUGAGUUCCAGGCCUUCUUCUCUGAUGGGACUCUCAACGAGGAGGAGCUGGAGAAACUGUUUCACUCGAUAGACUCAGACAACACCAAUAAUGUUGACACCAAUGAGCUCUGUGAUUACUUUGCCUCUCACAUGGGGGACUAUGAGGAAGUGCUGGCCUCCCUGGAGACCCUCAACCUGUCCAUCUUAAAGGCCAUGGACUACACCAAAAGGGUGUAUGAGCGAGGCACCAAUGUGGAUCAGUUUGUGACCCGCUUCCUGCUGAAGGAAUCAUCCAAUCAGAUUCUGUCCCUUCUGAACUCGGUGGAGAGUGCGGUCGAUGCCAUUGAAGAGCAGACCUCCCAGCAGACGGGACACUACCAGAAUAAAGGGGGUCACCACAUCUCGGAGGCCCGGUACGAGAACCCUGUCCAUGAGUACCCCCCCAACAACAGGGUCACCGCCAUUGAGCAGAAGAGGAACAUCCAGACUGGUCCAGUGGAGAUCAGAGAAGAGGGACUGGAGGCCCAGAUAAACAGACUGUCCGAGCUGAUUGGGAGAUUGGAGAGCAAGACUGUGUGGCUUGACCUGCACCAGAGGCUGACUGACACUGACGGCACAGCCUGCGCAUCCUUGUACCUGGUCCGUCAGGAGAUGAGCGUAUCCCAGAAGCACCUGGGAGAGUUCUGCGAGGCGCUGAAGCAGUACAUGAAGAACGUCUCGGCACAGAGGGAUUGCUUUCAUGUUACUGCGGUGAGGCUGCCUGAUGGAAUCACCUUUGUUGUAUAUGAGUUCUGGGAGGGAGAGGAGGAGUGGAAGAGGCACCUCCAGAGCUCUCCCUGCAAGGUGUUUCAGCAUGUGAAGGUGGACACUCUGACCCAGCCUGAGUCCGUCUCCAGCGUCGCUGUACCAGCUGCGUGGUGCUCCCUGAACCAAGACUGACUCAUCCACCCCGCCCCGCCCCGGCCCAGCCCAGCCCAGCCCAGCCCAGCCCAGCCCAGACCACCCUUCUCUCCAGUAACUGUUCACUGAAUGCUCUUCCCUCACUGCUGAGGACUUACUUGCAUCUUUUGUAAUGACUCGUCUCCAAGCAGUGUCUGUUAGAUACUUAACCGAGCACACCGCAGGGAAUGUAGGGUCUGUGAGGGCUUUGUGAUUUACUGUUAAAGUGAAGGAAAGCAAGCAACCCAACAGAAACAGAGUGCCUCAGUGGAGGCGUUCUCUUUGAGUGCUUCAGCAUUGUGUGUCUGGGAGCACAGGUGUACCGUCUUUCACUCUCCUUUCCACCCCCGAUUCCUCCCGUCCUUCAUGCACAUACACACAUACACUCCCACAUACACAGCAAUAUGAUCCAGGUAAAAAAACGAUUACAGAACAUUUGCUUUCAGGUUUACAAGAGGAGUGUCAUGGUGGGAGGGAACACAUGCAGUGUUUUAGAUUUUAUGUGAGCAAGUCAUGUGCAACAUGCUCAUAGUGCAGCAGAUCAGACCUGCCAUGAAAAGUAUUGAGACGGGCCAAAGCCAGUUCAUUUAGGACAAAACUGAAUACCUGUGCAAAGCAAAUUGGUUAUGUAAUAAUAACGUGAUAGGAUACCUAUAGUGCUGGAAUCUACAGCCUCUAUACAGCAUCCCGGGCCUCUCUGGUUGCUUUCCUUCACUUUAUAUCAAGUGCAUGUGCUCUGGACGUCCAGUCAGUUAUUUGCAGUAGAAUUUAGCCGUGCUACUUUAAAUGGGUUUGUGCAUUUCUUAUUUGCAUUCUUUUAUAUCCUAUAAAAAGGACAAAAAAACAAAAACAAAGCGGUAGUGAAGAAUGAAUCUGCUUGAAUCACGUUUACAGCAUUGUUUAAAUAAAUACUACUUAUAUGUUUGAGUAAUCUCCCCGUCUCUGAGCAUAGGGAGUGCAGGGAUGCAGGCAGUAUUAUAUUCAGUCUGAUAUUAGUUAAAUUAUUACAGGUAAUGUACAGUAAAGUUAAUCCAAUAAAACAAUAAUAAUAAUACAAAUUAUAAUAAAGUAUUGGGGGAAAAAAAACAAAAAA